ACCCAACAAAGCCAGCACUUCCACAGCGGGAGGAGCAGAGAGGUCGAAAAGAAAGCACCAAAAGCUGAGCUAUGCCCAAUUCAACCAGUUCCACAUCGUCCACCAAAAGCAUGAGGAGAGCCGCGUCCGAGCUCGAGCGCUCCGACUCCAUCACGCAGGUUUCCAUAGACUGCACUGAAGUUCUCAUGCGCUUUUGGAGAUGCAAAUCGCUUCCAUCCACUGUGCACAAGUCCCCCAAGUUCGUGGGGAGGCGGCAGAGCCUGAUCGAGGACGCGCGGAAGGAACGAGAAGCGGCGGCGGCGGCAGCGGCGGCGGAGGCAGCGGAGGCCAGCGAGCACAUCGUGUUUGAGGAGGAGGACGGCAAAGCCCUGGUCAACCUCUUCUUCACCCUGAGGAGCUCCAAGAGCCCUGCCCUGUCCCGCACUCUCAAAGUGUUCGAGACAUUUGAAGCCAAGAUGCAUCACCUCGAGACCAGACCGAGUCGGAAGCCUAAAGACGGCUUAGAGGAUUUGGAGUACUUUGUACGGUGUGAGGUUCAUCUGUCGGAUGUUAGUACCCUCGUCAGCUCCCUGAAGAGAAUCGCAGAGGAUGUCAGAACCACUAAAGAGGUUAAAUUCCACUGGUUUCCAAAGAAAAUUGUAGAACUGGAUAGAUGCCAUCAUCUGGUCACCAAAUUUGAUCCAGAUUUGGACCAAGACCAUCCAGGCUUCACCGAUCCUGUGUACAUAAAACGACGAAAGCAGAUCGGCGAUAUUGCCUUCAAAUACAAGCAUGGACAGUCGAUCCCUAGAAUGGAGUACACAGAAGAGGAAAUUGGAACGUGGAGAGAGGUCUACAGCACCCUCAGGGAUCUGUACUCCACCCAUGCGUGCAGUGAGUAUUUAGAGGCGUUUAGGCUGCUGGAGAAACACUGUGGCUACAGCCCUAACAACAUCCCCCAACUAGAGGACGUCUCAACAUUUCUGAAAGAACGUACUGGGUUCCAGCUGAGGCCGGUGGCUGGUCUUCUGUCAGCACGAGAUUUUCUGGCCAGUCUGGCAUUCCGUGUGUUUCAGUGUACGCAGUACAUCCGCCAUGCCUCCUCCCCCAUGCACUCCCCAGAACCGGACUGUGUACAUGAGCUCCUCGGCCAUGUCCCUAUGCUAGCUGAUAAAACGUUUGCUCAGUUUUCUCAGAACAUUGGUCUUGCCUCUCUUGGUGCAUCAGAGGAAGACAUUGAAAAAUUGUCAACACUAUAUUGGUUCACAGUGGAAUUUGGGCUGUGUAAGCAGGGAGACACAAUGAAAGCCUAUGGAGCCGGCCUUCUGUCCUCCUAUGGUGAACUAGUGCAUGCCCUUUCAGAUGAGCCCGAGAUCCGUGACUUUGACCCAGAGAUUGUAGCUGUGCAGCCAUACCAAGACCAGACGUACCAGUCUAUCUACUUUGUGUCUGAGAGCUUCUCUGAUGCUAAAGAGAAACUGAGAGGCUAUUCCGCGGGCAUCAAGAGGCCAUUUUCGGUGAGGUUCGACCCAUACACAAACAGCAUAGAAGUACUGGACAACCCGCUAAAGAUCAGAGGAGGUCUGGAAUCAGUGAAAGAUGACCUAAAGGUCCUGACAGACGCUUUGAACGUGCUGGCAUGAGCGUACUGGGCCGUGCUCCCUGCUGUCAGUGUUUACUAUGUGCCAUUUUCAUUAUGUUGUGUUUCAUGUACUUUUUUGCUGCAGCUGAAGUUGUUGCUUUUAAAAAGCUGGGUGGCAACCAUGAGACCUCAUGUUAGAAUUUGUUUCCAAAGA